UCUGUAGGACCCUAUCACAGAGUGAAACCACAAGUAUAAGACACAAUUUGCAAUUUUCACUUGUGUGUACACAUUAUAAGUUGUGUGUGUCAUGAUAAACUGAAAAACCACACUUGUGCCGGAUGGUCUUAAGAAAAUCUGUAGGCGGGUCAGGAAGUGGUAAACAUUGUCACAGGUAAGAUAAGCCCAUGCAGCGGCCACAUUAUCUUUAAGAUCUCAACUCAUGAGCAUAUCAAGCAUACCAAAUGGAAAGACCAAUAUGCACAUAUCUGCUGAUUUUAAGCAGUUUGACAUUUGUCUUUGUCAAUGGAAGACGUCCAGAUUCAUCUCCUCCCUGUAAAGUCUCGGUGUUGUUAAGGAGGGGAACGAUGUGGAAAACUGCCCCAGGACAAAGUCUGACCGUCACCUGUCCAGUCAAACACUGUGGACAACCAUUGAAAGUCACCUGGUGUAAACUCCUCCACACGGACAAAUGUGAACAACUAAAUCACACAGAAAAUGUGGAAGUGAGACAGAAUAACUCAGAUCACAAGGAUGAACUAAUGUCAUAUUUGACCUUCAAGUGGAUUUCCAUUCAUGAUGACGGCCUGUACAGAUGUGGUUUCAAAGGACACAAAUACAAGCAUAUCAGUUACAUGAUCAACAUCUCUGUUUCAGACCUUUACCAGGGGUUUCAAAAUGUGCAUCAUGAAGCAGAUGCUGUAUCUCACGUUGCACAUGUUGAGGAAGUGUCCUGGCAGCCCUACAGCUUCAUCUGUGUUAGCAUAGGGUUUCUGGCUGCUACAUUGACCGUGUUGAUGCUCCUCAGAUUUUAUGGCUGGAAAAGAGUACUGAUUGUGAACCAGACCAGGGCACAGGAAUUUUCCUGCCACAAGAUGACCAACCUUCCCAAGUGGACAGCGCCUUCCAUUCCUGUUCAGCCAGCCAACCUCUACAGUCUGAAUGAAAACCACUCUCAAACUGGACUAAGACGAACAUCACAACCUCCCCUUACAACCAAUAAGAACCAGCUGGCUGUAGCAAACCCAUCAGAUCAAAGUCCAGGGUUGCAGCAUGUAGUGUAUGCUGUCAUUACCCGACAAGCUGUGAUACCUGCCAGAGAGCAACAUCACCGAACUACAGGAAAUAAAAGCACAGAAUAUGCUGCCAUCAAAGUUUCCAAAUUCAUCAGAUGAACACAUGCAGAUGAACACGUGCAUGGAAGAAGUGAACAAAGUUUGUGGCGGUGUCAUGGAACAGAUCGUGUUCAAAACCAAGACUAGAGAAGAGGUGGACGGUGGAGGCGUGUGGUCAUGAAGCGAACGGUUCAGAGAAUGUCAAUUUACCUCAGCUGGCCUAGAAGCAGCAUUGAGGUUUUUUCUUUAAGCCUCAGGUUGCUUCCAGACAAUGCUGCUUUUAUUUGAUCAAUUUCUCGUUUUACCCACUUUCAUAUCUUUGUUUGGCAGUUUGUGUAAAAAAAAGAAAUAAUAAUAAUAAUGGCCAAUUUUGGAUAAAAUAUUUGGCAGAUCUUUGAGGAAUCAGUUUGUAAUUCAAAAGUGAAUGUUGUUGUUUGUUUUUUCUUUGUGGGACAGAUAUGUAAAAGAAAAAGGUUUGCCCAUAGUUUAUAAAAAUACUUACCAAGAAUAAAUGACAUAAUGAGCAAA